CGUGUGGCACCCGUGUUCCCGCGCCCCGGCCCGCCCGCCAUCACCGUCACCACCUGUGUCCUCCUCCUCCGGGACGUCACCCGGUUACCGGUCACCACCCCCUGUGACAUCGCCCAGGGCUCCUGUCCCCUCCACCUGCCUCGCCUGUGACAUCAGCGGGGACGGCGCCGUGGGACGUCACCCAAGUAGCUGUCAUCUCCACCACCUGUGACAUCAGCGGGGACGGCGCCGUGGGACGUCACCCAAGUAGCUGUCACCUCCACCACCUGUGACAUCACCCCCGCUCCGUCACCUCCGUCCCCUGUGCCCUGGAGCCCCCCGAGGCCAGGACCACCAGAGCAAGCAGACCCUCCCCCAACGCCCACCCUGCUGCACGAUGCCCUUAAACCCUGAGAGGAGCGGCCAGCGCGUGCUGUUUGCGGAGUGGCUGGUCAGCGCGGUGGGCAGCGGCCGCUACAAGGGAGUGUGCUGGGUGGACGCCGCCCAUACCCGCUUCCGGAUUCCCUGGAAACACUUUUCCCGGAAGGACAUCUCCCAGCAGGAUUCCCAGAUCUUCCAGGCUUGGGCUGCUGCCCGGGGCCGCUGCCAGGGGACACCGAAGGCCAUCGACUGGACCAAAUUGAAAACCAACUUCCGCUGUGCCUUGGUCAGCACCGGGCAGUUCAUGCUGCACGAAGACAACUCCCACCACCCGCUGGACCCCCACAAAGUCUUCGCCCUCUGCCACCCCAAGCCGGGGGCUCCUGACCUGCACGUGAAUAAGGAGGAGGAGGAGGAGGAGGAGGAGGAAGAGGAGGAGGAAGAAGCGUCUGGAAUAAAUCCCGAAAACAUCCCGGACUGUGCUGCAUCAAUCCAGCUAGAAGACAUUCUUCAGAUCCUGUCCCUGGAGGAGCAGAGCUGUGGCGCAGUGGCCCACCCCGAGGGCUUCCAUGUGACCAGCAACCGUGCCCCUGGCUACGGGCCCCAAGUGGCCUCCCCGGAUCUCCUGCAGCUGGCCCUGGAGCAGAGCCAGCUGCCCCAGGUCGGCUACUGGCCGGCCGAGAUGUGGGGACAGGGGGAUGGCCCCUGUGACCCGGGUGCCCCACUGGUGGAAUUGGGAGCCCGUGGCCCCUGGGGGCCUCCCGGCCCAGCGGAGGAGUCGUGCUCGGUGUGGACAGGUGCCACCCCCUACGAGGUGCCAGAGUACCCCCAGUCUGCCCCCGCCGAGGACAGCAGGACUUGGACAGGCCUGGAUCCAGUUCAGCCAGCCGGCCCCCUCGCCGUCCUCCCCCAGGAGCAGCCCACGCCUCCGCUCGCCAACCCUGCCCCUCCGGCCUGCAGCCCAGACCUCGGUGCCCGCGAGCUGGAGGUGACCAUCCUGUACAAGGGGCGGCCAGUCCACUGGGCCACGGUGGUCCAGGGCCACUGCGUGCUGACGUCCUGCCAGGGCCCGGUGGGCGGCCACCCCUGCGACCCCCAGACGGUGCCAUUCCCCAGCCCCGCCGAGCUGCCCGACCUGAAGCAGGUGCACUACACGCUGCAGCUCCUGGACCACGUAGGCCCCGGCCUGCAGGUCCAGCUGAGGGACCGGAAGCUGCUGGCCACACGCGGGGGCAAGUGCAAGGUAUUCUGGGAGCUGGCCGGCAGACUGACCCCCCGAGGACCCCAAUACGACCCCCAGACCAAGCCCCGCCUGCUCCCCCGCGACACUGAGACCCCCAUCUUCGACUUCAACCACUUCCUGGGCGAGCUGAAGGAUUUUCACGAGGGCCGGAGAAGUUCGUCCCCAGACUACACCAUCUACCUGUCCUUCGGCCAGACCUUGUCGGCCGCCAAGCCCAAGGAGAAGAAUCUCAUCCUGGUGAAGCUGGUGCCCAGGGUCUGUGCCCUGUACGUGGAGAAGGUACAGCGGGCGGGAGCGUCGUCCCUCAGCAGCGGCAGCCUCAGCCUCCACCUCUCCACCUCCAUCGACGGCCUCUUGGACCUCGAAAGCUUCCUCAUGGAUCUCGACCCCCAGGGCUAGGGCCGGGCCUCCCUGCCUCCCGCCCGGCCGGCCCCUCGUCAGUCAUUCGAUCGUAUUUAUUG